AAAUUAUAAAAAUAAUACAAAAUAUAUUGCAUUUGAUUAAAAAUUAAAAUAUUAUUGAUAGAUCUGGCAAUAUAUGAAGAGAAAAAACAAAUAAAUAAUAAUGAAAAAAAGUAAAAAGUCAAUAAUAUUUAAUUAUUAAGUAGAGUUAGAUGAAUAAUCCUUGAGAUUAGGUUUUGAGUAGAGUAGGCAAAAAGUAAAUGGUGUGAUAUUUUAAGUAAAUAAGUUUUGUUAAAUACAAGCACAUUUCCUACUUUACAAUAAUCUUGUAACUAUGACUCUUUUUAUUUUAAAAACAAAUUUACAUUUUUUUAAAGAUUUAGAAAAUCUCCUAUGUCAUGAAAAUUAUUUUUAUCUUUAAUUUAUAUGGUUCCAUUAAAUAUAUGUAUUGCAUAUCAAUAUCAAUGCUCGAAUUAUUACAUAAAGUAUACUUGCAAGAAGGUCUUUCCUAUGAACAAAUUUUAACUCAUGGCAUGGAAAAACUGAUGCUAGUACUCUAAUCUCAUGUUGUUGGCGUUGCUACUACUAUCCAUUUGCUCCUAGAUUCACUCUCUCGUAUCUCAAAUUCAAUAAAAGGGAUAUGGGGCUUCUAUUUCUUAUUUGGCUAUUUAGGCAACACUGAAAAUAUUUUAUUUAAUUUCAUAUCAUUAAUAUAAUUUUUUUAAAUUUUUACAUAAAAUUUAAUAAAUAGUUUAGCUCAUUCAAAUUUUAAAAUAAUUAUAAUAAGAAAAAAUAAUAUUUAAUAAUAUUUUAUUUGAUUUUUGUUUAUAAUUAUUUUAUCUUAUCUUAAUAUCUAAAACUGUACAUUAAUCGGUUUGAGGCGUGGAGUAUUAUGCUUUAGUCACUUUUUUUAAGUAUGCAUAUUAUAAUAAGGCAUUUUCCUUUCCGAACAAACUAUAUAUUCAAUGAGAAGGGUGUAUUAAACGGCUUCCUCAGAAUGUUUGAAUAAAACUAGUCUUGGUUGCCAUCCCUCAAAAAAGGGAGGUCAAAAUCUUGGAUGUGGUCUGACAUAUAUGCUGAAUCACAUCUCUGUCACUGAUCCCAACAAUAAUCAAAAUCUUGCCAUCCCAAGUAACGAAACCACCCACAAUUCCUCAACGUCAAAACAGUAAACAGAAAAAAAGGAAAAAAGAAAAUCAAAAAUUUUGCAAUGCGUCUCAAGCUUUCAAAUUUGUACAAAUGUCUGAUCAACAAAUAGAUCAAGGUCUUUCUGCGAUGUCUGGAGUUUGGAGAACCUCAACCCACUCUCUUGAGUUUGAGAGCGGGGGAGAUGGCUGGGGUUAGCAAUCCUUACAAGAGAGGGCUCGGUGAAGGGAGGAAUUUGUGAGAGAGAUUGGGACUGAAGGGGGUUGAGAGACGUCAAUCUGAGGGUGCUCGGGGGAGUGAGUGUUGUCAGUACGAGAGAUGCUCGGGGAGAGCGAGGGGUGAGGAGUGUGACCUGCAGACCGGAGGUUGAGUAGAAUAUUUCUAUCACACAAACUAAUGGUACCAAUUAUGAUGUUUUCUCCACGGUUAAAUUUCGUUGUGUCCCUAAUCUUCACAUGAAUAAAUACAGUUUAUUUAUUAACUUUUCGAAGUCUAGCAAAUGUUAAUUUUUUAGAAUGAUUUCCAAUUACGAGAAUCCAGGCAUCAGAGAUUAGAAGAUCUUAGAUCUGCUUUCACCUCUUCACCGGCUUCCAUUCCAAUUGCUAGAGAAUUCAAAAGUCAACGUUGAUUUUCCAUAGGAUAUUACCUUAACAUGGGUCGAACAAAAGAUGCAUGUUGGAAGUAUGUGGAGAUUUCGGAAAAUGGUCGUUUUUCUUGUAAAUUUUGUCAUUGUAAAUUUGCUGGAGGUAUAUCCAGGUUUAAAUGGCAUUGGUCUGGCCUAAAGUCCCACGAUAUUAAAGUUUGUGAACAAGUGCCACAAGAUAUUCGGCUAGAAGUGCGACAAAAACUUGACACUCCCAGAGGGAAAGAUAGACAAGUUGAAUAUGAAAAUUGUUCAGUUCCUUUAUCGUCUCGUAGAAGGAAUCUACCAAAUUUAGGCUACGAAAAGGAUAAGUAUCAAUUACUGGAUAAAUAAUUAGCCAAGUGGUUAUUCUUAUAUGACAUUAAUCCGAAUGCCAUUGCCUCUCCCAUCUUCACGGACAUUGUGAAGAGUAUUAGUGAAUAUGGGCCCAGUUAUCAACUACCAAGUCCUGAUACUCUUGGGGAGGAAUUGAUUAAAGAUGUCAAAAAAGAUGCUAUGGUGUAUGUUACAGAUUUUGGAAGAGACCUAGUUCAAGCAAGUUGUACCUUAGUGGUCGACCAUCUCUAUGGGCUGAUCUUUGCUUAUUCGCAAACAGGUGUGGCAUGCGUGGAAUCAUUUAACAAUGACGAUAUUACGAAAGUCAUAUCUUCAAUCAAUUUUCUUGGCCCCAAUCGGGUCCUACAACUACUUAUUUCCGACGUUUGUUGGAUGGAAGACAUGAGCCUUGAAUUUGAGAAUCACCAUUUGCGAAUUGUUGUUAGUUUUUGUGCUGCUACAGCGGUUGAUGGCUUCUUGCAAGAAAUGAAAUUGAAUUGGUAUUAUACAAUCGGCCUUGUGAAAUUAAUAUUUUGUAUUUAUCAUCAUUACAAUGCUUCAUUUAGAAGAGGGCUGAAAAUCCCGGAAAAUGAUUCUGCAUCCAUUUUAUUCAUGCUCAAAUCAGUUAUAAAUAUGGAGGAUGAAUUGCAAGAAGUUUCAUUUUCUAGUAUAAUUGAAUCAAGUGAGGAAGUAAAGUUGCUUGAUGAUGAGCAAGAGAGAGCAUCACAUUUUAUAUGGGUAAAACUUCUUGAUUACAUUAUUGGCCGUAAGGAGUUUUGGAGUGGACUGAAAUUGGUAGCACAAGUGUGGGUUUUACUAUAUCAAACUCUUUGCCUGGUUAAUCUCGAGGACUCAAAUAUAGGAUACUUAUAUCAGAUGAUAGAAAGGCUAAAAGAUGGAAUUGAAAAAAGUCGGGAACAGGAUCCCUUCUUUUUUGAUUGUAGCUGGGAAAGUUUCACUCAUAUGCGAUCGUUGAUUAUUCAUCCAAUACAUGCAGCUGCAGCUUUUUUAGAUCCAGCUUAUAUGUAUACAGAAAAUUUUGAGAUAAAUGCUGAAAUGAAGGUUGGUAUAGACUAUAUGUUUGAAAAUAUGAUUGAUUCAGAUGAAAAAGAAGCCUUUACGACGGAACUACAAAAAUAUCGCAUGAAAUUGCCAGAGUUAUUCACAGCUCAAGCCGUAACAAUGUUAAAAACAGGGCAUCCUCGUAUAUGGUGGGACUAUUGUGGAAAGCAUACGGUACCGGUAUUAAGUAAAUAUGCAAUUCGAAUAUUGAGUCAGCCUUGUAGUACUUUAUUUUGUUGGCGUUUUGGGAUGCGGCCAGUUGAUUAUGAAUGGAAAGAAGAUUGGAGAUCAGAUGAUGAUUAUGAAAUGGGAGAAGGUUGGACAAGAAAGGUCAAUACAGUGAUCAUGAAUGAAAAUUCUAGAUCAUUGAAAUUAGAGCCAAUCAUUCUUGAUAAACUUGGUGAAGACCUCGGUGGUUUUAAUGAUUGGACGGAGCAACAAUUUGAAUGCUACUUUAGUUCUUUAUCAAAAGGAUUCAUAGAUGAUGCUUUAGUCGAUUGCAUGAAAAAUGAUUCGAGUCCAUUUUGGGAUAACGUAAGCGAGAACAUGCAACCAAUCGGUUUUAAUUGGGAUAGAUUUCGAUUUAUAUGAAGAUUUAUAUUACUAAUGUUAUAUAGUCACUUUUGCGUAUUCUAUGUACAACUUCAUUGAUAUUAUCGGUUGGAUUAAUUUUUUCGGAAGGUGUAAUCAAUAAUAUCAUUAGUAUGAAUAAAAGAGUACGUAAAAAUGAUUGCAUA